CUUUCACACACAAAUUGUUUGAAUAUGUCAAAUAAAUUUUUAACUUUUUAUUCAAACAAUUUUGUGAUUUCAAUCAACAAAAUAAUCAAUGUCAACUCGAAAAUAUUGCGGCAUUUGAAUGUCAAUCUAAUUCGACGAGACAAUGAUUGUUCAAUGGUUUCAACCGCGAAUAUUUGCAACUAUUUAACCACUUUUACCAUCAACAAUGAGCACCGACGAUAGAAAUUUCCGAUCGAAGUAUUUCGAAAAGGUUGGAUGUCGCAGUGUUGAAGAGCGAAAAUCGCUUGAGAUACUAUUAAAAGAAAAACCACUCAAUCGAUCAAAACUAAAACAAUUCUGUUUGAGUUACUCGGUACCAGCUGUUUAUCGGAAUUUACUAUGGAACAUUUUAUUGGAUGUGGCGCCUGUUCAUCCUGACUGUCAAUUAUUUGUGAUGACCCAACGUCGUGAAGUGUUCGAAGAUUUGCACAGUGCCCUCAAAGUCAUGAAUAUCAUAAACGAACAAACUCCAAUACCAACUGUACUUUAUGCCAUGUGGCUGCUCGAAAAUAAGCAACUACGGUUGUGUGUUAACAUUAAUAAUCGCUGUAAUUUUGUUAUCAUCACCGAAGCCUUGCAACACACGUUCCAGAAUGAAAUUGAUUUAUACUGGAUUACCAAAGGUUUUUAUAAAUGUGCAUUAGAAGUGUCCCGUGAUUUUGUUCAACUCAAAGACUUAUCGUACAAAUUACUAGAAAAGGAGAAUCAAACAAUUUAUAAAUAUUUGGAUGAAAAUAAUUUACUCGAUUCACUGCCGUUAGAACAAUGGUAUGGUACAUGCUUUGCUGGCAUCUUUUCAAAUCAAUCACUCAUCCGAAUAUGGGAUAAGAUUUGUGGCGGAUCACGGAAAAUCGUUAUUUUUGUAUUUGUGACACUAUUCAAUUGGAUAUGGCGUACAUCAAAAUUGUCCAAUGCAUCUCAAUUAUCCGAAAUUUUAACAAUAAUUGACAAUCUGAAGGAGAACCAGGAAAGUGCUGAUCAAAUAGUUAAUUGUGGCAUCGAAUUGUGGCAAAAGAAGACACCGAGUUUCGAGUUUUAAAAUGGAGAAAUUAAAUACAAUUUAUUAACUAUUAAAUAAUUUAAAAAAAAAACAUAUUUUGUACUUUCUGAGUGUAAUUUUGUAAUAUUUUUUCGCAAAAAUUAUUUAUCAACGAAAGAAGAAGAAGAAUGGAAGAGUGAAAAUAAACUUUUAAAUGUUACAAAUGUUCAAAACCA